GUUCUGUGACGUCAUGUGUGAGAGUAGGAAGUAAUCUGGCUGGUUUGGUGGCUGGCGUGUCGUUUAGCUGGCUAACUAUUAGCUUUCACUUGCUAUAGACAUUUAAAGACCGCAUACAUUUCCAAAUGGUGCCUGAGCGGACCGACAGCAUCAGCACGUUCGCGUAUUUCGCUUUCGGGAGUAAUAUGUUGAAGGAGAGACUGUGCCUGGAAAACCCAUCGGCAACUUUCCUCGACAUCGGUCGACUCAAGGACUAUCAGCUGGAUUUUGGCCUCUGGGCUGAAAGUGUAGCGAGCAGUUGGCACGGUGGCGUGGCCACCAUUCGACAAAGUCCUGGCUCUGAGGUGUGGGGCGUCAUCUGGACCAUUAGACGAGACCAACUGGACAACCUGGACCAUCAGGAAGGCAUCCAUGAGGGCCUUUAUUCCCCGCUGGAAGUGACCGUGGAGAGCAGCAACCACGGAGAGAUGCUGUGCAGGACGUACCAGAUGAACAACUUUCACGCUUCUCCGACCUCGCCGCAGUACAAACAUGUGGUGUGUUGGGGCGCUGAACAGAACGGACUUCCCGGCGAUUAUAUUGGCGGGCUGCAGGCGGUCAAGACCAACAACUACACGGGACCUUCGAUGCUGGAUCGCAUCGAAGUGCACACCAAUUGGGAAUGAGACGGCGCUUGACAAUCAACGCCCUCUGAGCCUGAACUCCUGACCAGCAGCACGCCUAAUGAAGCCAAACCAAUCUUUUCCCUUUGACAACGCUGAAAUAUGCCAACUAAAGCGGAUGCAUGACCAGGACUAAACGAGGGAAAUAACCCGUUGGAGGUUUCUUUCUCUCUACCACGAGAUAAAAAAAAAAAAAAA